AUGACUGUUAGUUCUUCGUCGAAACUCACACCUUCUGCAAAACAAAACUCUCGAUAUUCUCAAGACGAAGAUUUCAGUGACUCCUCGGUCUCUGAGGCGUCUAUGUCUACAAAUAGAAAGCAAAAGGGGAUUGAGAAGAUAAUGAACUUGGCUCGAGAAGAAGAUCAAAAGACAGAACAACGCUUUUAA